AUGGCCUUUACUGUAAGAAAUUUCAUAUUUACGUCAAGAAAUUUUAUAUUUAUGUUAAAAACUUUCAUAAUACUAAUAACCUUUUCAUCGCUAACGACUGGCGGAGAAAUUGAAAUCAUCCACGAAUUUCCCGAGGCCCAGCUUCCGACUCACCGAACGAUUUAUGUCAGGUUAGGAAAUCAGAUUAAUUUUCCAUGUUUCGUCGUAAACGUAUCGUUACCGAGACGCGGAAUGAGGCUGGUGCCACUGAUGAUGGAGGCCGUCUGGAAAGGGCCGACCGGUGAUAUCAUAUUAUCGGGUAGUGUCGAUUCGAUGAGGACGAGGAUCGAUAGUGUUAAAACGAUUUGGAUCGCCUCAGCUAGAGUAAAGGACACCGGUUAUUUCACCUGCAUCAUUCCAUAUGCAAAAACGAAAACAGUGGAACACGUGGUUGACCUGAUAGUGUAUGACAUUCCUCACGUGGCCCUCGAGACCCCGUUUGUAUUUAAAGUGACCAGUAGCUGUCCACACCAAACUCACCUGAUGGCCGAUUUAAUUGACCAAAUCUAUGAACAUCUGUGUGGAAAACCAGAUGUUAGUCAGCAGUGGAGGCAGAACUGCUUAUACAACAUCUCACUGGUCUGCCAACCCUACAAAACCUACGACCUCAUAAUGUCUGAAAGGAAUGUCCAUCUGAAAGAAAUUGGCCACGAAAACCUCUCAACAGUCAUUGACAAAACUAAGGAAGAGUACAAGGAGCUCAAAUUUAAAAUGCCAAAAAUUAAAAAGGUGAAAUCCAAAACGAUGAAUGAAAACGAAGCAAUGGUUAUGUUGAAGAUAAAAAGAAGUGUCAACCAAAUUAAUUCUACACUUCAUCAGUUCCAUUCGCAGAAAAACAUCGCAAUGAAUGAAAAGUCAAGCAAAAAUUCUAUUCGUCCUACACAAACAGAUAAUACUUUAUUUCAAACAAAGUCAAUUUUUAAAACUUCUACUUUGUCCCACCUUAAAUUAAAUAGUUCAACUAUAAAAUAUUCAAUGCAAGAUCAGUAUAAAUCUACGUCAAGCGAUUUAAACCAGACUAUUAAAUCUAUCAGUUCAAAUCCGAAAUUUUCGACAACUGAAGCUUUCCUCUCAGCGGAUGAAAUUGGAUUAAGCGACGAGGAAAAAAUCCGACGUCGGCGCAUCAAACUUCUGAAACUGCUUUUAAACGCCGUCGAGAACGACACCGGACCGGAUCUGUCUCUUCUGACAUCUACCGAAUCGGUAACCGUUGAUUUCCUUCAAUUCGAUGUUGUCUCGAACAGUCCGGAGUUAUUGGUUCCUACUACGACUACUCCAUACGUGUUCACGUUCACAACUGCUUUCGUCAGGGAGGAGGACAGGGAAAAAGAGAAAUUAAAUGAAAUAUACAACGAGAAGAAUACUCGACAGAUUGCAGUGAUGUACCUUCUAAAGUCACCGGAUCCUUUGUUCGAUCCACUAGAUUGCUCUGAUGAGUGCACAUUCAAAUUGAGAAUCCACCAUAUAUCUUGGCACACUGAUGAUAUCUUCAAAUUAGUGAAUUUCAUUGCUCUAUCUUCGCAUUUGCCUAAUGGCGUUCAUCUCCAACCGGAAACCAUUUUGAAGGGAAGGGUCAUUUUGUUUUGCUACCCUGGAUUUUCUCUGAAGGGGAAUUUCUGCUUGCCUUGCCUUCCUGGUUCACACAACAGUAGAAAUUUUUUUAGCAGAUGUGAACUCUGUCCUGUUGAUACGUUUCAAGAGAGUUACGGAGCCAGGGAGUGUCUGAAAUGUCCAAAGGGAACCCGCACAAAGACACAAUUGGGAUCCUACCAAUCACAGGACUGUAUCAUUCAGGACGAUGUUGUUCCGUACUGGAGAACAGCGACCACUCUUUCGUUGAAAAUAUUCCUCGGACUGCUACUCUCAAUUAUAACUUUUGGAUUCUCUUUCCUGUUUUGCGAGUACAUGUGCCAUGAUAGUAGGGCUGAGGAGAAGAACGCGGUUUGGGAGGAUUUGGAUGUGCUUAGGAUUAGGAAGGAGUUUAAAUUGGAAGAUAAGAAUAUGGUCAAGUUGUUAGGAAGAGACAAAAUGGAGCCAGCUCCCGGUAUUAAACCGAAAACGUCAAACAAGAGGAUCGGUUUGGUUAGAAAUAAAAAUAAGAACAGCAAAAAUAAAAGUAUGAAAAUUAAUUUAAAUUUCAAAAAUGAAUUUGAAAUGUAA